AUGCCACCUCGUAGAGAGCCACGUUCUCCAGCGGAGAAUAACUUUCCAGACUUUGGGCAAUUUGGUGAGGCUAUUGCCGCUGCUAUUCAGUCUUCACUUCGUCCUACCCCGAGGAAUACUUUGGAUAUUGUAUCCCGCCUGAAGAUUAACGAUUUCUAUGGUAAUGAGGGACCGGAGAAGUCAGAGAUAUGGUUCGAUCAUGUGGAGAAGACUUUUCGAGUUAUGCACAGGCAGGGUAAUCUUUCCCUAGAGAGAUGGGUCGAGAUCGCGACCUGGUUCUUUCGAUUAGGAGUAGAAUCUUGGUGGGAUCUUCAGAAGAAAUCCUUAUCUGAUGCGUAUGUCGUAGAUUGGGAUGUUUUCAAACAGUUACUUAAGGCCAGAUUUAUUCCUCCUGAGUAUAUGGAUAGUAAGAAGAAUGAGUUCAUAGACCUGAGGCAGGGCGAUAUGUCAGCCACUGAGUAUCAUCGAAGGUUUACUGACUUAUCCCGUUAUUGCCCCGAGAGUGCUGCUAAUCCCCGGGAGAUGUUUCAUUUGUUUAAGAGGGGAACUUGCAAGAAAUGGCGCAAUAUAGCAACUGCUAUUCCUUGUGCUACUUACCAGGAGUUCUUCGAGGUCUUGCUUCGGAUUGAAGAUUCGGAUAAUGCUCCUGAUGAUGAGAAUGAGGGCGUUGGCGGGGAUGUCCAGAGGUACAAUAACAGGGGGCGAUCAUCUCUUGGCCCGAGAAGGGCUCAGAAUUUUAAAAAGAGUGGAAAUAGCUCUGGAUCCUCUAGCGGGGGUUCUAACUCCGGUACACCUCAAAGAGGGGGUAGGUCCACUGGUAGUUCUCGUUUUCAGAAUCAAGGAAACUCCAGCAGUUCAGGUGUUCAGUUUUGUCGUAGGUGUAACACCCGUCACUAUGGCGAGUGUAAGAGGGGAAGCAGAGGAUGUUUCACUUGCGGACAAACAAGGCAUAUGGCUUAUAAUUGUCCUCAAAAUCAGAAGAAUCAGCCUAUUCUACCAUCGGUAGUCCCCCUACAGCAGCUUCCAGCACCUGGUAACCGUCAGCAGUUAGGCCACGGUGGAGCCUUCCACUACCAGGGGGCGUAG